AUGAUCUUCACACCCUACCUACUCGCGUUGCUGAGCGCGUCCACGUUGGCCGUAGAGGCCGCUCCGAUCACCGUAGGCGGAGCUGCUCAAUUAUGCUCAGUUGCACCCUGCCGAAUGCGACGAGUGAGACGCACGCCUGAGAUUAUGCGCAACUGGAAGCGACAAGAAGAAGGAGACGACGAUGGCGAGGGAGAUGGAGAGAGUGCACCUCCUCCAUCUGAAGAUGGAUCUGGCGCCCCGCUGACUUCGACUCCGCCCGCUAACGCACCUGCUGUCGUCGUAGUCCCGGUCACAUCAACCACGACGAUUCCAGUCAGUCAGGAGCUUCCACCGGGUCCUGUUGGAGGUAGUACGACCACGACACCUGAAACUGGUACGAACACAACGACAACACCGCCCGCGACGUCCUCGACGGCAGUUGGCACCAUUCCGGCAACACCAGCGACCCCCUCUACUGGCACACUACCUGGAACUGUACCUGGAGCGGCUGUUCCUCCGACCGGCCAGACACCUCCGUUCUCACCAUUUGGCCAGCCGACGACGGGAUUCAAUCCGUUUGUUCAGCCACCGACCACGGGCUUCACACCAUUUGGACAGCCACCGGUCGGUGCGGUUCCACCAUUUGGCCAACCACCGUUUGGCACUGUACCGCCGUUUGGCGCUGUGCCACCGUUCGGUCAACCGCCUAUUGGAUCGGUGCCACCAUUUGGCGUCCCUCCAACUGGGUUCGAACAGACUGGCCAAUUUGGUAACAAUCCGUUUGCCAACGGUCUGCCACCUACGACUGGGUUUGGAACAGAGUUUGGUGCAAAUGGACAAUUUGGGUCAACUGGACAAUUAGGAUCAGCUGGACAGUUUGGAUCGACGGAACAGCCUGGAUCAACUGGACAGUUUGGAUCUGCUGGACAAUUUGGAUCGACGGAGCAGCCUGGAUCAACUGGCCAAUUCGGUUCGACUGGCCAAUCUGGAUCCACCGGACAAUUUGGUUCCACUGGACAACCCGAGACAUGUGGUCCGACUGGAUGCACUCCUACUUCGGCAACGAACACGCAGUGUGGCGCAUCUGGAUGUGGAACAUUUGGCCGUGAUCACGAAUUCGGCGUGCCACCCAACUUUAGUCCGUUCCCGAGCUACAUGCAAAACUAUGCGAUGUACUACCUGCCGCAUAUGAUGUACUCGGUGGACGCGUCGAUGAGCUACGUGGGACAACUGCUUGGAGCAGCGAUGCAGUCUCUGCAGUCGGCUUUGAUGCACGUGCAGCAGAAUAUGGCGGCGUACGGGAUCAUGAUGACGCCACACCUGAACUCGACCUUUGGCCAUAACAAUAUGCAAUUUGGACACAAUAUGCAGUUUGAGAAUCAACAAUCCGGAGGACAUCAAUUCUCACAUAACCAGGAGCAGUUUUCAUCUCAUGGUCAAUCCUCCAACGGUCAAUUUGAAUCCUCAAACAAUCACUUUUCGUCGUCAAAUGGCCACUCUGGAUCCUUCAACCACAAUAAUAACAACGUUGGAUCCAAUAACCAGUUCUCUUCGUCGAAUAACAACGUCGGAUCGUCCAAUAAUCAGUUUUCAUCGUCGAACAACAACUUUGGCUCGUCUGGUUCAUCACAGUUUAGCUCUUCUGCCUCGUUCCCGCAGUCGACUCCUCUCGGUGGCGCCAGCACCACAUCGUCGUCCUCGUUCCCUCAGGAGACGCAGUCGUUUAACAAUCACGGGUCACAGUCGUUUAACAGUCACGAAUCACAAUCGUUCAACCAGCAGCAGCCACAAUCCUUUGACCAGACCAACCAACAGCCCCAAUGCAGCCAUGGCGAAAAGACAUGUAUGGGACAGAGCUUUGCCGUUUGCGUGCACGGACAAUGGAAAGUUGAGCAAUGCUCACACGGCACCCAAUGCUAUGCUCUCCCGUACAGUGGUCAAGCCACGACAUUUGCGUGCGCGACGCCGCAGUACUUUGGAAAAUGGAUGCAAAUGGCCAAGCAGGCUGAAAGGCAUGCAUAG